GAAGUGCACGCUGCUGCCACAGCGAGGAGGUAGCUAGACUAGGAGAGGAGAGGAGAGGAGAGAGGGGAUGCUAACGAUGUAUGAAUUCAAGUCAGUUUAUUCUGGCAUAUGGAAGAAGAAAGACAUGUAUACUGUGUUACAAACAGAAAGAAGAGGAGGAAACAGCAAUUAUAGAUAGAAAAAAAUAGUACUACAGUUUAUUUGGGGAAGAUAAACAAAAACAAAAAGAAAUGGGACAUUGUUCUGAAGGACGAUACUUGGGCAUCUUGUUUUUGCUUGGACUCUACACUUCAGGUAUUGCAACGAAAGGAAGUGAAAGUAGCGAUGCCCUACCGGAAUCCAUGCCGUCUGUCCCCGGGACCCUCCCCCACUUCCUGGUGGAGCCAGAAGACGCCUACAUCAUCAAGAGCAAUCCCAUUCACCUGCGAUGUCGCGCCAGGCCGGCCAUGCAGAUCUUCUUCAAGUGUAACGGAGAGUGGGUGCACCAGAAUGAGCAUGUUUCAGAGGAGAGUGUGGACGAGAGCACAGGUCUGAAGAUCCGGGAGGUGCUGAUCAACGUGUCUCGGCAGCAGGUAGAGGAUUUCCACGGUCCUGAGGAUUAUUGGUGCUUGUGCGUGGCCUGGAGCCACCUGGGCACCUCCAAGAGCCGCAAAGCCUCUGUACGCAUCGCCUACCUGCGGAAGAACUUUGAGCAAGACCCUCAAGGCAGUGAAGUGCCUAUUGAAGGGAUGAUUGUGUUGCACUGUCGCCCCCCAGAGGGAGUGCCUGUGGCUGAGGUGGAAUGGCUAAAGAAUGAAGAAUUGGUCAGUUUAUUCAACGACGAUAACAUAGACACCAGGGCUGAUCACAACCUCAUCAUUAAACAUGCCCGGCUGUCAGACUCUGGAAACUACACUUGUCUGGCCAGCAACAUCGUGGCCAAAAGGAGGAGCAUGUCUGCUACUGUGGUGGUGUACGUGAACGGGGGCUGGUCAUCGUGGACGGAGUGGUCUGCUUGUAAUGUGCGCUGUGGGAGGGGCUGGCAGAAGCGGUCCCGGACCUGUACCAACCCAGCGCCCCUCAAUGGGGGGGCCUUCUGCGAGGGCAUGUCGGUGCAGAAAAGCACCUGCACUGCCCUCUGUCCAGUGGACGGAAGCUGGGAUGUGUGGAGUGAGUGGUCAGUCUGCAGUCCGGAGUGUGACCGCCAGCGGAAUCGAGACUGCACUGCCCCCUCUCCGAGGCACGGGGGCAAGUCAUGUGAGGGUCCGAGCCAGGAGACAGAGAACUGUACUGAGGGGCUGUGUACACAGAACCGAAAGCUACUUCACAAGGUGAAACCACAGAGUAUUGAGAGCGGCAGUGACGUGGCCCUCUACUCUGGCUUGGCAGCAGGUAUCAUUGCCGUGGCCGUCCUCGUGGUGGCAGUCACGCUGUACCGGAAGAGCCAGAGCGAGUACGGCGUGGACGUCAUCGACUCCUCCGCUCUCACAGGGGGCUUCCAGUCCUUCAACUUCAAAACCGCACGGCAAGGUAAUUCUCUGCUGCUGAACUCAUCCAUGCAGCCUGACCUGGCAGUGAGCCGUACCUACAGUGGAGCGAUCUGCUUUCAGGACCCCAUGGACAAGGAGCUGAUGACCGAGUCCUCCUUGUUCGACCCCUUGCCAGACAUCAAGGUCAAAGUUCAAAGUUCGUUCAUGGUGUCACUGGGAGUUGCGGACCGAGCCGAGUAUCACGUCAAGGCUCACCCCGAAACCUUCCCCAGGGGGGUCAACAGAGACUGCAACACCCUCAAUGGCAUGAAUGAAACACCGCUGCACCCGAGCCUGUCCACUGUGCCCUCGAAACCCGAGCUCAGAACAGUUGGCAUAUUCGGGCAUCUGGGUGGACGGCUGGUGGUCCCCAAUACAGGAGUGAGUCUGCUGGUACCCCAUGGGGCGAUUUCGGAGGAUACUUCCUGGGAAAUGUACAUGAUCGUUAAUCAAGAGCACUCAAGCGUGCAGCCAGAGGAGGGCUCAGAAAUUCUGCUAGGCCCAGAGGUGACCUAUGGCCCGCCUGACCUGGCUUUGUCCAGUCCGGUUGCCAUGACGAUAGCCCACUGUGCAGAGGUCAACAUGGAGCACUGGAGCAUCCGGCUCAAGAGGCAGGUCGAACAGGACAAGUGGGAGGAAGUGAUGUCGGUGGAUGACGAGUCGACAGGCUGUUACUGCCUCAUAGACUCUCACAGCUGCCUCCUCUUGCUGGAGCAGCCUGGCACCUACGCCCUGGUGGGUGAGCCCCUGACAGAGGCUGCGGUCAAGCGUCUGAAGCUGGCCGCGUUCGGGAGCAUGUCCUGCAAUGCGCUGGACUACAGCCUGCGAGUGUACUGUGUAGACGACACGCCACACGCCUUUCAGGAAGUGGUAGCCAAUGAAAAAAGCAGAGGAGGACAGUUACUGGAGGAGCCGAAAACGUUACUGUUCAAAGGAAACACCUUCAGUCUUCAGGUCUCCAUCCAAGACAUCCCCCAGUUCCUCUGGAGCAUCAAGCCCUUCACAACAUGUCAGGAAUUUCCCUUCUCUCAAGUCUGGUGCAGCAACCAGCAGCCUCUGCACUGUGCCUUCUCUUUAGAGCGAUACAGUCCUGCCACCACACAGCUCUCCUGCAAAAUCAGCGUCCGGCAGGUCAAAGGGCACGAGCAGAUCCUUCAGGUCUACACGUCUGUAGUAGAGAGUGAAAAGGAAAGCAUUCCGUUCUUCAUGCAGGCUGACUGUACCGUGACCUCUCAGACUGGACCCAAGGCCUUCAAAAUCCCCUUCUCCAUCAGGCAGAGAAUCUGUGCCACCUUCGACACUGCCAACGCCAAAGGCAAAGACUGGCAGCUUUUAGCACAGAAACUCCACAUCGAGAGCAAUCUGGCCUACUUUGCCAAGCAGAAGAGCCCAUCCGCGGUUAUCCUAAACCUAUGGGAGGCCCAGCACCAGGAUACUGGAGAUCUGGACUCACUGGCAAGCGCUCUAGAAGAAAUUGGCAAAAUCCAUUCCAAAAGCCCAGACGGAAAUGAGAGUCAAUCUGAAAACACAGACUUGAGCUAUGCAGCAUAGCCAAAAUCAAAAGAAAGCCACAGAGGACUCCAGAAGCUAUCACUACAGCAGUGUCUGCCAAGUGCACGCUUCCGUCGAUUCCAGAGGAAUACAAUUCUAGGAGUCACGGGGAGGGGGGAGAAGGAAAAUCUUUGAAUGGGACACAAAAAUGAUGUUUUCUGUCAGAUCAGGAGCGUUUCAGAGCCAGUCAUAGGAAUAGCUUGGAACAGUUGACACCAGAAUGUUAUAUAGUCAAGUCUUGUCUAUAGAUUUCUGUGAUUUUUUUUUUCUUCUUAUCCAAAUAAGCUACUUGGGUACUUGUAUGUGUUUAGGUCCCAGGGGCUACAGCUAUUCGCUUGACUAUUCUACUGAAGACCACCAUGUGUUGUCAUUGCUGGGAAGAAAUAUCAAGCACACGGCACAGUGUGUUUUUGCACCAACACCAAUGCUGGUCACUGACCUCACAAACACAACAUCUGGCUUUCCCAAUGAAACAGAAAUGUGUUCCUUUCCAUUAAUAUGUCCUAUAGGUCAAAGUUUUGCUGUGUUUCCAUAACACACAUCCUUUUCUACACAGUCUUAUUGAAAAUACCACUGGGAUACCAUUGGGGUUUGAAGUAACUCUAUGGAAUCAUUAGCAGAGCAGACCACAGAAUUAGAGGCAAUUGCAACACAGUGGAUUUGGAUCCAAUAUUGGUCCUGAUGUUUUCACUGAUAUGGUACUGCAGAGGAUUGUGUGUUGGUUCCAAAAUCUAAAGUUAUAAAUGUAGUGCUAUUCUACCAAGUGCCUACCAUUGUAGCCCUUGUUCUACCAUUGUUUAUUAAUGCAGACAUUGUCAUAUAGCGGAACAACGCAAUGGGCACUGGUAGUGCAAGGGUAUGGAGUCAUUGGUAGAAUGCUACCACAGUGGUUACAUUUUCAUAUCCUAUCAAUCGUAAUGUUCUGGACCAUCCAAUACACUAGUAGUGCAUUCCAGUACCAUAGUGCCAUUUCAGUAUGAUUUAAAUGGUGCAUUUUGUUCAGCAUACUUCAUUUUCAAAUGGGGCCAGCCCAUCUUUUUAAUUCUUUUGUUUGUAAACUUUAGAUGUAAGUGGCCUGUAUAAAACAUGCAUGGUGUGUCCGAGUAACCUUAGGUGUGUCUAAAUAAGCUUCUUGUCAAACCUUCAUUGACUCAAACAGCUGAGCAAUGGUGAGUGAUGUCCACAUUUAAAUUAGUGUCAAUUUCCCAUUGGUGGGUUUUGAGUUGCUUCGAUCAUCUUUGCUGUGUUUGUAUGACAUGCAACAUUAGCAUUAUUUCAGUGUAUUUAACAUGGUUAAUGCUUCCAAACUCAAUCAGGCGAAAUUUAAAUGUGAUCAUUUUGAGCCGGUAUGUUUCUUGUGAAAAGCACCUGCAAUGUGAUCGACUAGUCUGGGAAUCACUCUACGGUUUGUCAAGCUGAAAAGCCUUUGUGUCGGUGUGAAUGUCACAUAUGUGACACAAAACAAGUUGCUAUUUUGUUAAGUAUCUCUGCUUUACAGCCUCCCUCCACCCUGGAUGUUGUACAAUUUGCAUCCAUUUCUUCAUUUUGGUACCUGCUCUAAAUAGUACCAUGAUGAAUGCAUUAGUCUUUAAGGGUUACUACACAUCAUUCCUAUAGAAACCUUGCCUGUAAUUGUGCUGUAUUUUGAGGUUGUUGUCUUACAGGUGAUUGGCAGUUAUUCGCAAGAGUUUCUCUUUCUGCCUCAGUCGUGCAGGUAGGCAUUGUAUUUCCUUUGCGAAUUGCCUUUAUAGACUAACAAAGAAUGAAUGGUGCGUGCACAACUCCAGGUAGGAUUGAGGCAGGAUCCUACUGUUCAUUAUUUUACAGAAAUCCAGGCUCCCUGUUUGCCAUGCAGAUGGUAAGUGAAUGUACAUGUAAAAGAUGUAUGGGUGGUAAAACAAACUUAAACACUCAAAGCAGAACAUUCCAAUAAUCCAGUUAGUUAUCAAAAUCUGUGUAUUAGUAAUCAUUUCAGUGUAAUGUGUGAACUGUCCAGCAGGUGGAGUUGGUGUAAAUACCUAUCAGAAUGGUGGCUUUAAAGUGGUGCUCGGACAUUUUUCAUGUUAUAAUAGUCUUUCAAAAUUCUAAAGUAUAACUUUAUCUUGGUUGUAAAAUCAGCCUGAUACCCCAUAUAAUGAACUUUAAAAGAUAGAAACACUCUUCUGCACAGCAGAAUUGUGAUAUUUAUUUCAGAUGACAUUUAUGCACUGGUGUUCUUAAAUUGUGUUAUUUAAUAAAAUAAGAGCAUAGUCAUUUUUGGCAACAGAAUAUAUGUCAAGCAGUGCUUUUCCAAAGAUUUGAAUAUUUGUCCCUGCAUUAUAUUGAAUUAUGUUCAUGGUAAUACAAUCAUGAAUCUGACGUAUUCCCCUACUUUAAAUAUUACCAGGAACAUGCUAUUGUAAGCUUGUACCUUAUACUUUUCAACAUCUUCAUUGGAGCAUCAUGUUAAUUGUACUCUGUGUUGUAGAGGCUUUGCUACCUAAUGCAAUCAUUUUCAAUGUAUUCUUUGCUUCUGACCAGCAGCUGAUCGAAUGUGGCCAGUGCAGAGAUAUCCAGGGUAACACAAAUCACAGCAGAUAAAACAAGUGUCAGUUAUAUGCAGACUUGUAGUCGAGUCAUCAGGGUCAGAGUCAGAGACUUCGAGUCUCGAAUCCAAGUCCAAGUCCUUGAAACAAACUCAAAUCAAUUUCCAUUAAACUAGUGGUAGUAGUGGAGGAACAGUUUACCUAAUGGACGCUGUCUGAUAUCCGUCUGGAAAAAUGCACAAAUAAGAAAAAACAUGAUUUCAAUUUAUUUUUUCUAGCUAGAUUUUUCUAUUCGCAUACCUUUUUCAACUUGGCUGUCACUAUCUUCUUUUCUUUUCUAAUUGGAAUACUGUUUGAAUGUACCUGAAGUUCAUAGAUAAGCUUCAAGUUCCAGUUUGUGGACGUUGUUUUUCACUUUGAUAGAAGCUGUGAUCUGGAUUAUAGUAUCUACUUUGACUUCAAUUCGGGUAAAAUCUGAUUUAGACAUUGCCGGAACUGUAUAUAUACUGUGUUCUUAAAUAGUACAUUUUUGUAUUAUUUGUUUUGCAAAACAGAUACAUUAUGUUUCACUUUCAUUGCAUUUGCAUUUUUAUUAAGUCUGUAAUACAAUAACGCAUUUACGAGACUGUGCUUCAGUUCAUUUGAUUUUAGAUAACAGUGUAUUUUUUAUCUUUUCUCUUUUACAUAAAAACAUAUUAUAUGUAUUUCCCCUUUGUGUAGGUUCAUAAUGGAAUAAAAAAUGAAGUUCAUACAGAGAUUUCUAGGUAGACGCUGCUUUAUAAUACUGUAUAAUGCAUCCGGUACAUGCUAGAGCUGUGGAAAUGAAAAGCGGACCUCUCGUUUUUCAGGUUGGGUCGGUUUUAUUAUUUUGGACCCAUGAAGACCUCUACUUCAUGGACAAUCUGGUCAUGUGAUGCUUUCCUAUUGUUGACUUUAGAUUCUAGUAUCUCCACCUCGCUCAAUCACAACAUGUCAUCAGCUCAGCAGGACAGAACCGACUCAUAAAUAAAGUGGCGAAACCUGUUGCAUAAUUAACAGCUUUCAUGAUGUUUCAAUGAAGACCCCAAUCAACUCAGUUUUAUAUAAAAUAAAUGUCAAAGUAGCAAGCCUUAUUAUACAAUUAAAACAGUUCGGCACUAAUGGCUACAUACUGUAUACAAAAUAUUCCCUAACAGAGCUCUCUCAAGCUGUUUUCAAUAGUCUUGUACGAGGUGUGAAAUUGAAGGUGUGCUCCUUCAUUAGUGAGGCCAAGAAAGUUGUAGCAUGUCUAACUGUAUUAAAGAGAGCUCCAAAGUCACUUUUUCAUUCACCUGGUUAUGUGGCUGUUAGAACUGCCGCUAUCCUGAAGUUUAGACAGAAAGUUUCAACAUCCUCCCACGACACUACCUGAAUUCAAUUUGGUUAGUUCCAUCCAUCUAACUUCUAAAUGUUUAAAAUUCACAGAAACAGUUUAAUUCUGGAGAUUCCUUAAAGCAACUUCAGAUUGAUGAUGUUUCUCUAUAGAUAGCUGUAUUAUAUAUAUAUAUAU